CUUAAAUAUUGCGGGCAACCAACCACUACGACGGCCCGACACUCGUUCGCUGCACACCACCACCUGGCCGGAGUAAGCACCUCAUCAUCUCGUCACUACUACUUCGAGCUAUGAUGACGCAACGCUCCUUACCCUCGCUUUACUGAGUGACUGGUGAAACUGCUUCGGUAUCGCGCUUCGAAGUGGCUCUACCCCGACUCCACCCCCUCACCCCAUCAUCUCUACUGAGGCUCCCCAAUACCCAAGGGCAUGAAUCAAGGCCGCUUUGUCAUUGCGUCAGACAGCAUCCACCCUCUACCAGGCCAUAACGUUUUGCCUCUGUGGUCCGAUCUGCUGCGUCGCUCAUUCUCAUCACGGAAGCUUCUGUACCCAGGUUGGCAAGCUUGGACUCUCCCACCUUUCCCUCGCCGCAGUCUUGACCCUCUCUCCUCUUUUUCCUUGCCUGGGUCGGCCCAUGAGGAACCCAUCACAGGACCAGACAGACGAAAUACACAUCGGCAAGAAAUGGCCAUGUCCAGUGAGGCAGAGGGAGGUGAGGCUGCUGCUGCACCAAAGAUUGUUUUCAAGAAGAAGAAGAACAGGAACCAAUGCCGCCGCCGCAACGAUGAUUCAGACGAAGAAGACUCGGGGAACGGAGACGAGGCACUCAUUGCCAAGCUGGAGGAAAGCAGAGAGCUGCGCAAAUAUCGGCGGCGGCAGGCGGGUGUGAGUGCAGAGGGCCUGCUUGUGGGGGAGACCAACACCAAAAAGGAGGGUGUAGAUGAUGACCCCUUCAAGACCAAGUGUGGUGGCAUGGUGGACCUGAAUGCAGCAAAGAAUGCCAAGAAGACCUCUGAUGAUGCCUAUGACACUGGUAUUGGUACGGCCUUUUCUGCAGAGACUAAUCGUCGUGAUGAGGAUGCUGAAAUGCAGAAAUUCAUAGAGGAGAACCUGGCAAAACGUAAGGGCAUCCAGGCUGAGGAGAACCAGGAGGAACAGAGCCGCUACCAGACCUUGGAUGAGGUGGCUCUGCGUGCUGUUCCUUCCAUGCUGCGGGAGUCCACCUCCAAGCGCAGCGAAGAGAUGCUCAGUAACCAGAUGCUGAGUGGAAUCCCUGAGGUGGAUCUUGGUCUGGAAGCGAAGAUCCGCAACAUUGAAGCAACAGAGGAAGCCAAGCAGAGGCUACUCCGGGAGAGCAUGAUGAAAAAGGAACGGCCAUCAGAGUUUGUGCCAAAAAACAUGGCAGUGAACUUUGUGCAGCAUAAUAGAUUUAACUUGGAAGACUCUGGACCAGCCAAAAAGAAGGAAAAGAGGGUACAGGAGAUAGUGGAGCCUGUGGUUGGUGGUGGUGUCAAAAUUUCCACCAUUGCACCAAAAAGACCGCACGGGGAGAAGGCAACUGAUGACUUCCAUUAUGAGAAGUUCAAGAAGCAGUUCAGGAGACACUAGCCCAGGAGGGUUUUCAUCUGUGUCUUUCAUGUCACCCACUCAGGUACCAGACUGGUGUUUCAUGCUGAUUCUUGGAAGAUGCCCACAACUUGUUCAUGAAAGAAAUGUUCAGUGGAAACAUUAGUUCCAGGAUGGCACAUUAUUAACUGAACUGUUAAUGGUUGUUUUUUUCUUUGACAUGGGAGAAUACUUCUACCCACCGCUGUUACGUAUAUCAUAUGAACAUUAUUGUUUAAUAAUUUGUGAAUAUAAAGCUUAAACAAGUGACACUCAAAUCACUCCGUUAAUAUCAUUGUGAUAUCUGGUAUCUCAGUGUCUCCUUUCCUCUCUAUCCCUCCCUUACAGGCUGCUCCUCCCAGCAGAGCUGAGGUGGGGAGGUAAUUGCACUCUUACCAACCCUGCCGAGAUUACCGGGUUGCUCAGUGUGAAAUUAGUCGGACCCCACUGUAACGAUAGUUUUUUGAGCGUGUGUAUAUAAAUUGAUAUUUUCACCAGGAAACCAGCAUUGCAUAGGUAUCAUUGCAAGAUUUGGAUCACUAAAUUAUGAAAAUUUGAGAUACUAAAGGAAGUCACAAGAGCCUCCCAUGCAAACAAUUUCACUACCAGAUAAGCUUCCUUGCUAUACUGCCUUUAAUAACAAAAUCAUGGAGCAACAGGUAUCAGAGGCCACCACCUUAAAAGUGGAAACAGAAAAGGGUUAGUGAAUGAAAGUUGUAAGAGAUAUUGUUGCUUGUGUGGCAAGAGAAGUUUACAUUGACACCAUUAAUGGAGAUGUUAAUCAGAGCUGGGCAUCGUAAAUGAAAAUUCACUUCUGCAACCCAUAUUCACAAUCUUCUUGAAACUUUACAUUUUACAAAUGCAAACACAAAUCAUUCAUAUCCCUUUCAGUACUUCAUUACCUUAAAUCUAGACUGGAUAUUAUUAGAGGAUUUUAUAAAGUUUGUUAUUUUUCUUAUUCAAGGGGUUAAAAAUCAUCUCUAGUUACACAUCCACUAAAAUUUUAUCUAUUACUCCAUUCUGAUUAACAGUAGAUGAUUUUAUGAAGUUUAGAAAUUGUCUUAAGGGCUGAAUGGAAUAUAUAAAAAUGUAGUAAUAUUAAAAUAUGUCAGCAUCAUUAUACUUGCAUAUUAGAUGUCAUAUUUCAUAAAGCAAGGGUAAAUCAAUCACUUGCAGAUAGCUGAAUUUAAUUAUUUAUUAAGCUUAAUGGCUCAGACAUGACAAGUUGACACACCAGUCCUCCUCUGUUCAUUGACUAUACCCUUCCUAGUUCUCAGUCAGUCAUGCUCCUCUUAACAGCUGAGAUAACUACAUUUUGAGCAGGUCCAUGUUACCUAUCAGAAAACCAUACUGCUCAAAGUUCUCCAAGUGAGGCCUUCAUUAUGUGUGCCCCCUGGUAGAGCUGUUUCUCCACUGGUGUAGAACCCAGCACCAAGGAUUUGCUCAAAACUACAAAUUUGCAUAAAAUUUCUCACAAAUCAAAAUCUGUAAAGAAAAUAAUUUAAGCAGUUACAGAAUUUGUGGUCUGCGGAAGCAAUUUGCAGAAAUGAUCCACUUUAUAGUAAAUGUCACUCUUAAAGAGGGAAUUCUUUGUGACAUGCAAGUAUCUUCAGUAGAUAGUGAAAGGUUAGUAAGAUAUCAAUUGUAGGAAGGACUUUCGGUGUAGUCAAGCGAGUGUUAGGACCUUCGGUGCCUGUUCCUUCAUAUUAAGGUACAAGGAUUAUUAUAUUUUAAGCAAUUCUUGCAUUUAUAUACUACUUUUUUAUAAAAGCAGAUAAUCAAGUACUUUAUAUCAGAAAACAACAUAGUUAGAUAAUCAGUCAACAUCACUGCCAUCUUUUGUCCCCGACCCUUUUAUUUGUUAUGAUCACAAUAUCAUUCAUGGUCUAUGUUCAGAGAUCAUCAGAACUGAGGCAGACAGUGGUGACAAGUUAAAAUGGGGGUUCAUUUGUAUUUCAUUAAUUCUGCUGUACAAGUUUUCACUUCCUGUUAUUUGUCAGCUCUCUUGCAUCCUCCAGUUUCAUUCAGUAUUUGCACAUUGCACAGUCUUAUUGUAUCUAACCAUCUAGAUCAGGGGCGGGCAACCUCCGGCCCGCGGGCCAUAUCUGGCCCAUGAAGGCCUGGCGUCUGGCCCGUCACCCUGCCAGGCAUUAACACUGCAAUCCGGCCCGCGAAACCCAAGGAAAGAAAAUGCCAAACAGCAUCUGCUGGCAAAUACUGUUUGGCAAGCCUGCACUCCUCACCUCACUCUGCGAGAGUUUCCAGGUCUGUUCUUUUAAAGACUGUCUGUCCUUUUUGAGAUCUGGUUGUCCUAUUUAAUUCAAACAAAAAAGGACAGGCUGAAGCUGUCUUGUUGUGGGGUCAUGCUGUCCGUGUGUGCGACCUGCAGCAGGAGAUCGCCACUUUCCUCCGUCAGAAGAAUCUUCCCCACUCUGGUCCGCAAUGGCUUGUUGGCCUGGCCCUACUCACAGACAUCACUGGCAGGAGAUCGCCACUUUCCUCCGCCAGAAGAAUCUAACCCCAUGCUGAUCAUCUUGACGCGCAAUGGCUCGCUGGCCUGGCCCUACUCACGGACAUUAUCACAUCUGAACGCCCUCAGUGUGAAGCUGCAUGGCAAAGGCAUUCUCCUGACAGACAUGCACACACACAUCAAUGCCUUCAAGGUUGAGGUUUAGACAUGAUCAGUUGUCUGAUGUUAAGUUUGAGUAUUUUCCUUGCCUAGCUCCAACUACUGUUGUGAGCUGCUCUUCUCCGUAAUGAAAGACAAUAAGUCUCGACUUUGCUCCCAACUCUCAAACCUCCACCUCAGUGACAUUAUUCUGUUGUCUACCUCAUCCACCGAGUCGGACAUUAAAGCACUUCAUGGCAAGCAGCACCAGUUGUCUCACUGAUCUGUAGGUUUUUUGUCUUUUUUUGUGUUCUCGUUUUUCAAUCUGGCCCGCUGCCUGCUCCUGAAAGUCUCAUCUGGCCGUCCCUUCGAAAAGGUUGCCCACCCCUGAUCUAGAUCAUCCACACCUCCAUUCAGUCUUAACAUCCCGGCCUUUCAUUAUUUUCUGAAACCUUGCCCUUUCUUUGUACAGAUAUUCUAUCCCAGCACCCUGGCCUUCGCAUAGUUUACUUAUGUGUUUCACAUGUCAUUUUUCCCUUUGUCAGUCUUUUGUAACUUAUAAAUAUAUUCUAGGGUGUCUGUUUUCAGUGCAUCUGUUCUUGACUGAUAUUCUCUUCUACAUGCACCAUCAUCCCUUCUUUAAGAUUAAGAAUUGUUACAUACCAUAAAUAAGAACUUUCAUAGCUCCAAAUAUACUAUCUUGUCCUCUUUAUGUUCUUCGUCUCAAUUAUGUAUCUUUCUCUUUGUGACAUCCAGGCAUUCCUACGUCAAUAUUUAUUGAAUUUUUGGUAUCCAUUCACUCAAUCAUUGGACAUAACCCCCAGGGGGCAUGUUACCUUACCACCCUACAGUGCCAUCUCUGGAGGUUUAUAUGAGCAAGUUUUCAUGCAGGCACCUUUCCUAUAUCAAGUAUCUCCUAGCAGGAUCCAUUGAUUUACUCUAACCACAAACUUUGUGGGUACCUCUUUGCCCUCCUCCACUCAGGAUCGACUGGUGAGUAAGGUGCCCCCGAGACUGGAAGUCCCAAAGACUUCACCUCAUACAGUGCCUCGAGAACCAGGGGCCAGAGUCACUGGAGUGGAGGCGUCCUGCGAUUCCGCAUGGAUUCUUGCAUCAUCAGCAAAAACAAGGUCAAUGUACCUGGUAUUGCCAACAGAUGCCCCACAAUGACUGGUCCACAACCCAGUCCAUACAAUUGCAGAAAAGCAAUGGGACAAGGUCAGCCCUGCCUUACUCUCGUGUUGAUGGAAAAGAAGCUGGACAUGCUCCCCCAACCCAACCCUCUCAGUCUCAGAGUAUGGACCAGUCAGCAAACCAGUGGUCCUUGCAGGAAUCCCACAGAGUUGCAGGAGAUUCCAGAGUACCUCACAAUGCACUGAGUCAAAUGCUUUCUUGAGAUCGACAUAGGCUGGAAGCAUCCUCUGUCGAAACACAUAUUGGUGUUCUGCCAGUACGCAAAGCGCUAGGAUACAGUCAGUUGUCAAAUUACUUAUUGUAAACCCAGACUGCUCAGGUAUCAGCAAUAGAUUGACUGGCACACUGAGCAGCAUAAUACCACAGUAGUUGUUGCAGUCCUAGUGGUUCCCUUUCCCUUUCCAGAUAGGGAUGACCAGUCCCCCUUCCAGUCAGGACUGGCAGUUGAGGCAACAUGCAGCCUGCGUGCUGUCCAGUUUUGCGCAGCUCUACUCCACAGAUACCUGCUGCCUUUCCAUCCCUCUACUUUGUCACACCUCUCUGAGCUUGCCUAGAGAAGGUGGGCUUCUGUUGAUGGAUGGAUCAGUACCUGCAAUAUGCAACCCAGCAGCUGGAAACUGCUCACUCGAAGGGUCUGCCGUGUACAACUGCUCAAAGUACUCAGCUCAAUGCCAUGUCUGGCACAAGGCAGCCAUCUGCUGUUCAGAUACACUUACCUGAGAGGGAGGUUCGAAUUGGAGCUUCUUUGGGGCUUGGUAAGCAGGUCGAAGGUCAUUCACAUGGAGAUUGCUCUCGACAUCCUCAGCGAGACUCCUGACAUACCCUCUUCACUUGUAUCUCUAUACCCUUGAGGACUCUGUAGAACUGUGGGAUACCCUAAACGUGAAACUCUUCCUCACAUUUGAAGGUAUUCCUUAGCUCUACAGGAUCCUCAAGGGUAUAUAAGUCAGGGGACUGUCAGGAGGAUCGCUGAGGAUGUCAUGGCCAUCUCAAUGCAAAUCACCUCCGACCUGCUUACUAAACAGUAAAGAAGCUCCACUCUGAGCCUCCUUCUCACAGAGCACUAUCUGAACAGCAAAUGGUUGUAUUGUGUUAGACAGAGAUGUUGUUGGGCCGAAUACUUUGAGUAACUGUACAUGGCAGACCCUCCAAUUGGGCAACUUCCAGCUGCUCCAUUGUAGGUAGUGGUUGUUGAUCCACCCAUUGAUGUAACCCAUCCUCUCUUGACAAGGUCAGAGAGGCUGUGACAAGGCACCUGAUACCAGUAACAUCAGUCCAGAGCUGCUACAAGCUGGAGGUGAGGCCAUGAUCUGCUGGUUCAUGUGGACUUGACUGCCUUAUGGCAAUUUAGUACCAUUCCUCCUGACUGGAAGAGGAGUCUGGUUGUCCCUAUCAAGAAAGGGAAAAGGGACUGCCAAGACUUCAAUAACUACUGUAGUACUACGCUACUCAGUGUGCCAAGUAGGGUGCUUGUCCAUCUGUUGCUGAUGUAGACUCACAACCAGCUGCUGAAGCUGCAGAGACCUGAGAAGUCAAGGUCCUGCUGAGAAGUUGACAUGUGACUGCAUCUUAGUGCUUGCAUACUGGUGGAAUGCCGGCAUGUUUUUGAAAGGGGAUGAUUGCAGUCUAUAUCAGUCUCAAGAAGGCAUUUGAUUCAAUGCAUGUCAAGACGGUCUGGACCGAGUGCCAUAAAGUGUGUGUGUGUGGACGGGGGGAAGCAUAUCCAUCUUCUUGACCAUAAACACAGAUAAGGCAGGGCUGUAUCAUUGCCAACUAAUAAACUAAAAGGGGGCAUUACACCAGGGGGUGCAUCACUUCACUGCCUCUACCCCCAUUGGUUCCUCCAAGCAAGCCUCCACAUAGCACCCUUAUCAUUUUUAAGCCCCUCCCAGCAGCAUUGAAAAACUUGCCCCAGCCAUGAGUUAGUGGGCGUCCUCUUGGUCUCCACUCAGGGUUGUCUCUUGCAGGAUUGACGUUCAGGAAGCAUGCCAUGUGCCAAUGUAGCUGAAGUUGGCAUUCACGGACUAAGCUGGUAACAGGCCUUGCUUCAGUUUCAUUAAGUAGUUCAACACAAAGUCAAUCUAGCAAUAUUUCAUGAUCCUGUGAAGACACUAGUACCAAAGACAUUAACACGCCUCUCCAAAUCACUAUUUAGUGUCCAUGUCUCACAGCCAUAUGGUUAGACGGGGAGCACAAGACUUAGAUUCGAACCUUUGUCUACCUACAUAGAUAUCAACACCACCAUAUAGUCAUGUUGAGCAUUCAAGUCCAUAACACCGUGGGCCAGGCCAAUCCAUCGAAUAACUUCCUGAUAAGACCCACAAUUGUUAGGCACUGCACUACCAAGGUGUGUGAAACUUUUGGUGACCUUGAUGUCCUCACCACAUGCAUAAACAAACUGAACUGUUUAGGGUGUCAUCCAGCAAGCCUCCAAAUGACUGAAACUUGGUUUUGGCCCAAGAGACCUUCAGUCACAGUGGCUUUGUCUUCUCAUGCAGCACUGAGAUCCAUCACCUGGACCUUCAGUGAUUCCACAAGUAGAACAUCAUCAGCAAAAACAUGGUCAGUGAAAAAAAAAAGCUAACACUAACAGAUGCUCCACAACAACUUUGCCUAAAACCCAGUCCAUGCAAGUGUUGAAAAGUGAUGGAGCAGGGACUCGCUCCAGAAUUGACAGGGAAGAAGCUGGAAAUUCCACCCCAACACUUCUUCUAGUCCAUGUGACAAGAGUCCUGUGUCGCUCCAAGUCCCCAGCACAACUAUAUUCCCCAGUGUCUCCCUCGAGGCAACUCCAUUCUAAACCUUGGACACCGUCCUUGGCAGCUUUGAGACGUUAAUGCUCAAAGGUAUCCCACAGCUCUCCAGGGUCCUCCAGAGUACUAAGCACUUCAAACCGAUUAGAGAUUGCCACUGCAUGCUCCUGAGUACACACCUGGUCCCUCAGUUUCUCAAGAUGGAACCCUGUUGGGUUGCAUCUUUGAAAUUUUCUUGGACCUGAUGCGUAUCUCUCAGUUUUGCAACAAGUCUGUGGUUGGUAGGAAAGAACUCAGCACUCCAGAAAACCUUACAGUUUUGAAGGAUCCUCCAACGAACUAACAUGAUGCGAUCAAUCUCCAUCCAUUGCCACACCAGCAGCAUUGCUUUACCAAGUCAAGCGGUGAGGCUCAUGUCCCUAGAACCUGAAACCAGCAGUCCUCUGCCUUGUAGACUAUGCAUGCAAAGUUUGGAAGGAAAGAACUGUUUACAUGUUUGGUGCCAGAUACAUGGGGACCAACACAUAACUCAUAGCCCUAUCAUUUUUAACACUUGUGUGGACUGGAUACCAGGCAAAAUUAUGGAUCAGUCAUUGUUGAAUAUCUGUUGGUUGGUAAUACCAAGGUCGCUGACCUUGUUUUUGCCAAUGAUGCAGUGAUCUUUGUGGAGUCCCUGGAGGUUCUGAUUAUAGCUCUCAAGGUACUGCAGAAGGACUCCGGGUCUUUCGGGCCAAAGCUAAGGCAUAAGUGUUUGGAGGCUUGCUAGAUGAAACAAUACAGUCUGUCCAUGCGUUUUCAGAACAGCAGGUCUCAUCAGGAAGUCUUACUGUAGUUUGGCCCAAGGUGAUAUGGAUUCACUCAGCAAGAGUAUAUGCCGUUGUCAGUACCUGUGCAGAAAGGCAAAAAUCUGAACCUUUGAGUCGCUUGUGCUCCCUGUCUUAUUCUAUGGCUGUGAGACAUGGAGACCAAAUAACAAAUUGAAGAGGCAGAUUGAUGUCUCAGGAAAUAAAUGCCUAAACACAAUCAUGAGAUAUUGCGGGAAUGACGAUGUCAAAUCAUCGGUUACUCUGUGAGACUGAUUCAAGGCCUAUUAUUAGCUGCAAAGUCCAUGAACACCAACUCCGUUUAUACGGGUAUGUGGCACGCUACCCAGAGGCUGACCAUGCUCACCGGGUUGUUUCUGUAAGAGAGAACCCUGAGUGGAGGCCACUGAAGUCUGUGGCUUAAGCAAGUUGAUAUAUCUUGCCAUGAGGUACUUGGGAUGGGAAAGGGGCCUGCAUGGAGAUGAUGCA